GUGCUAUGCACUACUCCACUCACUCAUCACGAAGCGCACUAGCCCAGUAGACGCCAGAUCGGAUGGACGACGAACCUUUCACUUGAUUUUUUUUUUUUUUUUAAUCCUUUGCCAUUUCACGUUUUUCGCGGCAUGCACGGUAUUUGGGAGCGUUGUGACUUACUUUCUUUUUCACGUGAGGAUGAAUAUUUUCAGGCAUGCAGUCUUUCGUGACACCGUCCUAUUAACAUGCACGGGCCAGUGAUGUGCUAUGGUGACACAAGAAGCUAAUACGACGCUAACAGGGGGGACUGACUUGGGAGACACCUUUUGAUCAAGAGGCAAAUGUAUCGUACACUCUGUUAAUCAGUAACACCGAAGGGAAUGUCUAACCAAGGAGUUCGGAGGAAUGGCCCAGUAAAGCUGCGGUUGACAGUCCUGUGUGCAAAGAACCUGGCAAAAAAAGACUUCUUCCGGUUACCUGAUCCCUUUGCCAAAGUGGUGGUGGACGGUUCUGGCCAGUGCCACUCUACAGAUACUGUGAGAAAUACAUUGGACCCAAAGUGGAAUCAACAUUAUGAUUUAUAUAUUGGAAAGGCGGAUUCUAUCACCAUCAGUGUUUGGAACCACAAGAAGAUACACAAAAAGCAGGGAGCUGGUUUUCUGGGUUGCGUCCGCCUGCUCUCAAAUGCCAUCAACAGACUUAAAGACACCGGCUAUCAAAGAUUGGAUCUCAAUAAGCUUGGCCCCAACGACAAUGACACAGUCAGAGGGCAGAUAGUUGUGAGUCUUCAGUCAAGAGACCGCAUCGGUACCGGAGGACCAGUGGUGGAUUGCAGUCGUCUCUUUGACAACGACUUGCCGGAUGGGUGGGAAGAGAGAAGAACAGCCUCUGGAAGAAUACAGUACCUUAACCACAUCACACGCACCACACAGUGGGAGAGACCCACCAGGCCAGCUUCAGAGUACUCUAGUCCAUCUGGGCGACCCUUGAGUUGUGUGGUGGAUGAGAACACACCGGUGAUGACUCCCAUUAAUGGAGCGGAGGCCAGCGGCCCACCAGUAGAACAGCGGCUCCAAGAAAGACGAGUGCGAUCUCAACGGCACCGCAACUAUAUGAGUCGAACACACUUGCACACGCCUCCAGAUCUGCCCGAGGGUUAUGAGCAAAGAACGACUCAACAGGGCCAGGUCUACUUCCUGCACACGCAGACCGGAGUCAGCACCUGGCAUGACCCGCGUGUUCCCAGGGACUUGAGUAACGUAAACUGCGAGGAGCUUGGCCCGCUGCCGCCAGGCUGGGAGAUUAGGAACACCGCUACCGGGCGUGUCUACUUUGUGGACCACAACAAUCGAACAACUCAGUUCACAGACCCGAGACUGUCUGCCAAUCUGCAUCGGGUUCUCAACAGUCCCAGUCCAAAUGGAUCCCGUGUGGUCUCAGACAGCCAAAACACUAACCACAGCCAUCCAGCUCAGAUGAAGGGCCAGGGAGGUUCCAGUGGCCCUCAGCCAACUCUGUCCCCAGCCCAGUUGCCGGAAGAGGCCGAGUGCCUGACUGUGCCUCGGUACAAGCGAGAUCUGGUGCAGAAGCUGAAGAUUCUUCGUCAGGAGCUCUCGCAGCAACAACCCCAAGCAGGCCACUGCCGCAUCGAAGUGUGCCGUGAGGAGAUUUUUGAGGAGUCAUACCGGCAGGUGAUGAAGAUGCGACCGAAGGAUUUGUGGAAAAGACUGAUGAUCAAAUUCAGAGGAGAGGAGGGACUAGACUACGGUGGAGUUGCAAGGGAAUGGUUGUACUUGUUGUCCCAUGAGAUGCUGAACCCCUACUACGGCCUGUUCCAGUACUCCAGAGAUGACAUCUACACUUUACAGAUUAACCCUGACUCGGCUGUCAACCCGGAGCACCUGUCGUAUUUCCACUUUGUGGGUCGCAUCAUGGGCAUGGCGGUGUUCCACGGCCACUACAUUGACGGAGGCUUCACUCUGCCUUUUUACAAGCAACUGCUCGGAAAACCCAUCACACUGGACGACAUGGAGUCUGUGGACCCGGACCUCCACAACAGUCUUGUUUGGAUCCUGGACAAUGACAUCACUGGCGUCCUGGACCACACCUUCUGUGUGGAGCACAAUGCUUACGGAGAGAUCAUCCAGCAUGAGCUGAAACCCAACGGAAAGAGCAUCUCUGUCAGCGAGGACACCAAAAAAGAAUAUGUCAGGUUAUAUGUGAAUUGGCGUUUCCUACAUGGCAUCGAAGCCCAGUUUUUGGCCCUGCAGAAAGGCUUUAAUGAGGUGAUCCCACAGCAUCUGCUCAAAUCCUUCGACGAAAAGGAACUCGAGUUGAUCGUGUGCGGGCUGGGAAAGAUCGACGUCUCCGACUGGAAGUCCAACACGCGUCUCAAGCACUGCACACCGGACAGCAAUAUCGUCAAGUGGUUCUGGAAGGCGGUGGAGUCGUUCGAUGAGGAGAGGAGGGCGCGCCUGCUGCAGUUUGUCACCGGCUCGUCCAGGGUGCCCCUCCAAGGUUUCAAGGCGCUACAAGGUGCGGCGGGGCCUCGACUUUUCACCAUUCAUCAGAUUGAUGCCAACACAAACAAUUUGCCCAAAGCCCACACCUGCUUCAACCGUAUCGACAUUCCGCCCUACGAGAGUUACGACAAGCUGUACGACAAGCUGCUGACCGCCAUCGAGGAGACGUGCGGCUUCGCAGUGGAAUGAGGCGCACCCCUCCUCCGCGCGCUUGUUGGACUUUUACUAAGCCCUCCGUAACUGAGCACCCUGCAGUCUUCCUCUUUUUCUUCCCGUCUCAGACCAGACCAGACCGCCACAUUGUCCAGCAUUUCUUUGUGUCGUAGCAACGCCGAGAGCAGGUUCUUAAAACUCCUUCCAGACAUUUGUCGAGAGCGGCGCGAGCGUUGCUCGGCACGCACGCGUCACGCUCCUGCGUCGUCUUCAGGUAGCCGCUUCUUGCCCACGCUCGCCACGAGCCGCACCUUCAUCCUACCUCAGUCCAAUAGCGCGUGUGUGAAUGUGAGAGAGGUUCACAUUGAUUUAAAAAGUCCACUUUUAAAUCUUUGGCUGCCAUUGACUGCGAUUGACGUCCAUUCCGGUUUGACAUGGUGGGCGAUUAAGGGAGUUAGCCCUCUGGGUCAAAAUGGAUCGGACAUCUAUCGAGUGAUAAACUCAUUUAAAUUCACAACAGGAGGAUGAAAAGAGCCACGUGCAGCUCUUGUGCCGCAGGUCGGAUUUCUAUCACUGUCAAUGGCAAUCCAUUUGAAGAGCAGCCCUAAAAAAGCUAAUAUAUUGUUUUUGGAUUUUGCUAUGUUUUGUUUUUACUCUGGGGGAGAUGUUUUGUGUAUGUGUGCGCAUCAAAACCCAUGUUCCAAUGCAAAGAUUCAUAGCUUUUUCUUUUUUUCUUGAUACUUUACAGUAGAAUCUCCAAAGUUGAACACACUUAAAGAGGGAGACAAUACCAAUAUAAUUGAACAUUAUGUAAAAGACUGUUGAGUAUUAAAGUAUGCAAAUAACAAAAUUGGCAAAAUGAGGGGUGGGACUUUAACACGUUACUUACUAUUAUUAAUUAGCAUUUUAAAUCUAGGUUGCAUUCCAAUCACGGAACAUUUGAACAACACUUGGUCUUCACUUGAAAUCAGUCCAAGGUGGGAAAAAAAAAUCAGGACCGCUAAACAUUUUUCAAAAAGAUUUUUGGAGUUGUAGGCCUCUUAAAUCACCAUUUGUCUAACAAAGAUGUAUACUUGAUGCUAUCUUGUUCGGUUUUUAAUUUGAUUCAUUCCUCCGCGAAAAUCCUUUCGAAUGAAGUCUUUUUCUUUUUAGAACUGAUAUUACUAUGCGGACUCAAACGUGAUUAAGAUUAAUUAAAGACUUUUUUUUUCCCUUCUUGUUUUAACAUAAAAAAUGAUAUUGCAUAUGUUCACGGCCUUUUUGUGAUGUUAGUUAUACCCACACACUGAUAGACUCCAGCACGGGAAAAUGGGUGUUAACCACUUGAAGCCUGGAUUCACAUUUAAUAUAAAAUGAAUAAAUCAUUGGAGGAAUAAGAAGUACAUAACAAUAGUAUGCAAUCCAAAAAAUACUGCACUGAUCCCUCACUACUUCGCGCUUCACAACUCCGCGGCCCCAGUCCAUCGCAAAUUUUUUUCAAUUUAAAAUAAAUACAGUGCCCCCCAUAAUUAUUGGCACCCCUGAAAAAGAUGUGUUUUAAUAUUUUAAUAAAAAGCUCAAUCUUGGUCUCACACAAAAAUACACACGGUCCCAGGCUUCAACUGGGUCCGUGUGCUUUGGUCAGAUGAGACCAAGAUUGAGCUUUUUGGCAACAAACACUCUAAGUGGGUCUGGCGUACCACGAAAGAGGCGCACGCUGAAAAGCACCUCAUACCCACUGUGAAGUAUGGGGGUGGGUCAGUGAUGCUGUGGGGCUGUUUCGCUUCCAAAGGCCCUGGGAACCUUGUUAGGGUGCAUGGCAUCAUGAAUGCUUUGAAAUACCAGGACAUUUUAAAUCAAAAUCUGUUGCCCUCUGCCCGAAAGCUGAAGAUUGCUCGUCACUGGGUCUUUCAGCAAGACAAUGACCCUAAACAUAUGGCCAAAUCUACACAGAAAUGGUUCACCAGACACCAAAUCAAGCUCCUCCCAUGGCCAUCUCCGUCGCCAGACCUUGUUUUGUUGGCCAAUGGGGGUGUACAAAGUAUUAACACCAGGGGUGCUAUAAUUGUGACACACAUUAUUUGAUGUCAAAUAAUUUUUUCUUUAUGUGGCAUUUUUCCCCCACUGAAUGAAUGCAAUUGUAUUGAAGGUUGGAUUUUUCUUUUUUUUUUUCCAUUAAGGUCCCAUAUUAUUUGAAUAAAAAACAAAUUAUUAGAAGCUAAAAAACAUAUCUUUUUGAGGGGUGCCAACAAUUAUGGAGGGCACUGUAAAUACAGAUGAGCUGUCACAAACCGAUCACGUAGUUUCACUCUCCCUCCUGCUGCUCUUUGUUGGUCAGGCAGUGCACUGCAGUUGCUUAUUGAAGUUAACGAUGAUUGACUGACAUUUGGGUUUGAUCUUGCCAGACACGAACUUCAAAGCGCCACAUGCGUCAAUCAUCGUUUAACUUGUUAAGCAGUUGCUGGGGCAACUCAUUGUGUGUAAGUGAGCAGCUUGAGCGGAACUGAGUGGACUCACUCAAUGAAUUAUUUAAUAAAGCCAUGCAUUUUUCUACUUUAUUCUUGUUUAAAAAUAAUUUGGUGGGACCCUAUGUUUAAAACCUAUCAUAAUUAUUACAUUCUAAGUGUUUAAAAAACAUUUAAUAUAUAGCUACAUAAGGUUUUUUUUUUUUUAAAUUAUAUUUUAGGGAAAAACACUGAAAAACAUGUAUUAUAUGCAUCUCCUUCCAAUGCUAAAUCUUAAUAAAUGCAUUGAACACACACACACACACACACACACACACACACACAAAAAAACUGGGGGUGGCGGGGGCUACUUCGCGUUUUUGACUUAUGGCGGCGGGUUCUGGUCCCCAUUAACCGCGAAAAACGAGGGAUCACUCUAUAUAAAUAAUUUACAUAGAAAUAUACAGCGAAAAAUGAGAAAAUCCUUAAACAUAAUAAAAAAAGGAAAAACAUUUUAAAAAUAAUCAAAAAUGGAAAAAAAUGUUUUAAAUAUAUAUAUAUUAUAUAUAAAUAUAUGUUAUUUUGCUCUUUUUAGUUUUUUUUUUUUAGUUUAAGCAUAGGCUUCACAAUCAGUUGGCGAGACAACUCCUACAUACAUUGCGCCACGGCUUCCCUUAGGGGGCCGAGCCAGGCAGAGCGUUGUAAAGGUUUUCACUGCAAUAAAUUCCAACGCUGCAUUCUAACGCCGGAUUUAUGUGGAAACAGGACGGAAGUUUUAGUGCAUACGAGCUGGCAGGAGAGUCUUGAGAGUGAUUUGGUCGAGGAGUCAAGGUAAUUAUUAUAUAAAAUUGCACCAUUCACGGAAAAAAAUGAAGGAAAAAAUUAGCGUAGCUUUAAAUUGAAAUAUUUACAUAAAAAGAAUGAGAGCUGCCCGUUUUUUUGCUUUUAACCAAGAAUCUAGACUGUUUUACAAUCAUAGGCAUAGAAAUUCCGGGAUUUACGCAUUUAUUUACAUGAAUUUUCAACUUUUAAAAAUCUGUUUUGUGAUGGGUGCCAUGCUGGAUUUUGUAUCCAUACACAAUAGCGGAGCUUUACAUUGAAAUAAUCAGGUCAUUUUCGGCCAACUGCCCGUUUUUGGGCAAAAAUUUAGUAAUUUAGACAUUUCUUCGCUACAAAAAACUUUUUACAUGUUUUAUUUCAUGUAACAUUUCAAUCUAAAAAUGACGAGGGCCAAAUAGCCGGCAAGACAUGCUGAGGCAAUAGUGACCUCAGAAUUCAACCUAAAUAAGUUGUGAUUGUGUAAAGAAAAAUGCAAAAUUUGCUUUUGUUGAGUAAAUGUAAGAUGAUUCUGCAUGCUUUCCUCAAGUAUUAAGUUUGUGAUGUGAAAAUUGAGUGAUUUAUUAGCUGUUGGUAAUCAAAAUUGCACCAAAAAAGGUGCAUAUCAAUAUUUAACAUAUCAUUGCAUGAUAUGUUAAAUAUUGCUAUUGGUCCCGAAAAUAUGGGUGAUUAUCUCUGCACUGGGUGAUUUUUGUGCAUCUAGCGUCAAAAAUGAGAAUUUUAUAGCCAUUUCAAGUUUUGUUAUGCUUAUAUGUAGGGCUGCAGCUAUCGAUUAUUUUAGUAGUCAAUUCAUCGAUGAACUAGUUAAUUCGAGUAAUUGGAAAAGGAACAUAAAAAUUUAAAAUCCCUGUGGUGAGUCUCAAACGGUAGAAAAAAAUAAAUGAGGAUGUAAAUGCAACAAAAGAACAAUUGGCUAACUUACAUAGAAAAAGUCCGCUAGCUUAUAUGCUAUAAAACGCUAAGGUU